AUGACUUCAGAAGCAGACAAUAAUAAAAAUUUUCUUAGUGAUUUAAUUAACAACUUCGAAUAUGUACCAGAAAAUGAUAUAGAAGACAUUGAAAGCAUGAGAUUAGCAAGUGAAAGUCUUAUAUCUGAUAGAAUUAAAACAAGAAGUAUUGACAAUAAUUUAGAUGUUGAUGUAGAAAUUAGUUCCUUUCUUUUUGAUAAAAUCAGUUUUGAAAAGACACAGACUUUGGUAGAAGAGAAGGAAACCAGUAAUCUUAUUUUUUUAAAUGAUAUAGAUAAUAAUGAUAUUGAUGCAAAUAGUAAUAAUACAACAUUAUUAGAAUUUGAUUCAAAUGAGAAUGAAUACUUAAUUGAAAACUUAGCAUUAAAAAAAGAUACUAACAAAAUAUUAACAUCAUAUCUGAUUAUAGAUAUUAAUGAUGACUGUAUUCAAUUCUGUUUAGCUGAAUCAUCAAGACAGCUUAUUCAACUUGUUAGUUUAUAG